CCGGCUUCCUUUUGUUUACGACACUGUCGUUCUCCUUUUAUACUCGAGUCCUUGUCACUACCAUCCGAAUUGUUCGCGCAAAGAGCAUCCGGAUACUGCGACCGUACCUGAAUUUCACUCUGCUGAAGCUCGCUGAUAGGACCCUUAAUCGAAGGCGCAUCACCAAUAAUAUUCUAUGGCGCAGAACGUCAGCUUCGCGUCGCCCCUGGCAGAUGCGAAGUAUGCCCAGAUCGUGGGGAAUACACAGAUAGAUGGAUUGUUGGGAAGACUUGGAGAUCUCAGUUGGUGGUCAAUUGCUAUUACAUUAACUCUUGUCGCCGUCGCAUACGAUCAAUUUAGCUAUGUAUGGCAGAAGGGUUCAAUCGCAGGCCCAGCAUGGAAGAUUCCAUUCAUAGGUCCCUUUCUCGAGUCAGUAAAUCCUAAAUUCUCAGAAUACAAGGCGAAAUGGGCGAGCGGCGACUUGAGCUGCGUAUCGGUUUUCCACAAAUUCGUUGUUAUUGCUUCUACCCGCGACAUGGCACGAAAGGUCUUCAAUUCUCCCGGAUUCGUCAAACCCUGUGUUGUGGACUCUGCUCAUAAAUUGCUCGGAGCCGACAAUUGGGUGUUCCUCGAUGGAAAAGCUCAUGUUGAUUUCCGAAAAGGUUUAAAUGGCCUGUUCACUCGACAGGCUCUCGAAUCCUACCUCCCAGGCCAGGAUGAUGUUUAUGACAAAUAUAUGGAGAGAUUCCUGAAGGUUACAAAGGAUGCUGGAGGAAAGCCUGUUCCGUUCAUGGCCGAAUUCCGUGAGCUCAUGUGUGCUGUCUCCUGCCGAACGUUCGUUGGGUACUAUAUCUCGGAUGAGGCUAUCAAGAAGAUCGCCGAUGACUACUACAAAAUUACCGCGGCUCUUGAGCUUGUCAACUUCCCAAUCAUGAUCCCAUUCACCAAGACUUGGUAUGGAAAGAAGGCUGCCGAUAUGGUUCUCGAAGAAUUCACCAAGUGUGCUGCCAAGUCGAGGGUAAGAAUGGCUGCUGGUGGUGAUGUCACCUGUAUCAUGGACGGCUGGGUUAAGUCUCAACUUGAGUCUGCGGCUUAUCGUGAUCGUGAACAGAAGGGACUCUUAAUGGAGGGCAUCGAAAAGCCAUCACCUCUACUCCGCGAGUUCACUGACUAUGAGAUCUCCCAGACAGUUUUCACCUUCUUAUUCGCCUCCCAAGAUGCUACAAGCAGUGCCGCAACUUGGCUGUUUCAGAUCAUGGCUCAGAGACCAGACGUUCUUGACAAGAUCCGUGAGGAGAAUCUCCGUCUUCGUGGGGGUGAUCGAAGCGCUCGUGCUACCAUGGAUUUGAUGGAUCAGUGUGUUUACACUAAAGGUGCUGUUAGAGAGUUGUUGAGAUAUCGUCCUCCUGUAUUGAUGGUGCCAUAUCUUGCCAAGAAAGCUUUCCCAAUCACCGACACUUACACAGUUCCCAAAGGCGCCAUGGUCGUUCCAACCGUAUACCCAGCUCUUCGUGAUCCAGAGGUUUAUGAAAACCCAGAUCACUAUGAUCCUGAUCGAUAUGUUACUGGUGAUGCGGAAGUGAAGGGUGCAAAGAACUUCCUAGUCUUCGGAACUGGUCCACAUUACUGUCUCGGCCAAAUUUAUGCGCAAAUGAACUUGGCCUUGAUGAUUGCAAAGGCAUCGAUGUACCUUGAUUGGGUUCAUCACCCAACACCGUUGUCGGAGGAGAUCAAGGUGUUUGCAACGAUUUUCCCAAUGGAUGAUUGCCCAUUGACAUUCUCGAGACGAGCUUAAAGUUUUGUUGGCGUCAGUGUAGCGAGGGGGAGUGCAUGUAUUUGAUGAGAUGAGAUGAGACCAUUGUGGUAUAUUCCCAGGCAUGAGCGUCGAGGUCGAUGCGAGGCCGAAAAACUAAUUCUUCCACAUCAUUUGCAUAUCAUAGGGAGGGCUCUUGCGGCGUUAAGAGAGAGCGAACCUGACUUGAUCUGACAUUGAUGCACCAAGCGCUGUCAUGAUAAAGUGGAUUGAGCUCUUUGUUGAGUUUCAUGUCCACGAGCAAUAUUUAUCCUUGUAAUAAAGUCUAAUGAUAGGGGCCUUGA